AUGCCGAACCCAGUAUCUUCGGUAAACGAGCACUUGCUACAGGAGGUUCAGCAUUAUGGUCCUGUGACAGCAUUGAAGAUCUACAAAAACUACAUCUUGGCGGGUUAUGGACCUGUGUUAAAGCUUUUUGUGAUUCGUGAUUCGAAGGUGCGAGUCGUAUGGUCUGUUCAAGCAUUCAAAAGAAACAAGAUCCAUGGUAUUGCCAUUACAAGCAAUGCUCUAGCAAUCUUUGGUGGCCGCUCCUUUUCUGUUUUCAGGGUAGACUGGGAUUCAUUUGUCGUUCCUACGACUGUGGUGGAAAAGGCUAUUAACGAGUGGAUCGUCUCGUGUGAAUUUUUAACUUUAUCCCAGCUUUUAAUGUUAACAUCACAUAAUGAGGUUUUGAAGGUGAACAUAAGUGAUUUGGAUCUGUUUCAAUUCUCUGUGGAAGAGAAGAUACACUGUGCUGAAAAAUCAAUCUUGUACAGUGGAUCAAUCACCGUGACUGAUGAUGAACAGAUUUUAGUAGCUGCCGGUACCGUCAUGAGUGGGGUGUUGGUAUGGGAUCUUAGGACCCGUCAGCCCGUUUACAAGUUGACCGAUCAUCAGGGCUCGAUAUUUGGUGUCAAAAUAGAUCCUUCCGGAAAAUACCUUAUUUCGUGUUCUGAUGAUAGAUCGAUUAAACUUUAUGAUUUACCAUCAUCGACUGUCUUAUCUAGUGGCUGGGGUCAUCGCUCCAGAAUAUGGUCGUUACAUUUUGCCUCGAUCUCACCCUCUAUUAAACUCUUCACCACAGGUGAAGACUGUACUGCAAGAUUAUGGGAAUAUGUUCCUGGAUCUGAGUCUCUCAAGCAAGUAGAGCUUUGGGACCAUUGUCAUCUGGGGAAGCAUGUAUGGUCGUCAGAUGUUGACUACUCACAUUUGAGUGUACUGGUCACUGGUGGAGCAGAUGGAAAGGUUCGCCUUCAUGAUUUGCGUGAACAACAAACGAAUUCGUUUGACAUCGAGUCCAUUGCCGUUAUGAGUGGCGUUAAUUUUGGUAAAAAGGAGGCUAUCAAGCUGUUUUCAUUUUUACCCAAAUUAAAUCUCCUCGUUGUAUUGACUUCCUCAGGGAAAGUGCUCACAUGCAAAGAUGAACACUGGACACAUGUCAGUCUCAAUCUUCGAGAAGAUCAACAAAAAUCCCUCAAUGAUUUUGGAAUCAUGAAAUCUUUUCCAGAGGCAAACGCUUUGGUUGUGGUUAUGAGACCAGGUGAUUUACUUCUUCUUACUUUCGAUGCCUCUGCAAUGCUUGCACAACAAACUUGGAUUGAAAAUUCGACAGAAAAAAAGAAGGUUAUCAAUGCCUUGGUUGACUUCGACCUGUCUAAAAAAGAAUACUACCUCUUUCUUGAUUGUCCAAACCCCAAUGUACCUUUUGAUAUUAAGGUAUUUACUCUCCAUCUGAAUGGUGAGCUCACUAUAAAGAAAACACUUCUACUUUAUAAACCCGACCCGAAAAUAUUUACGCCGACAUCGAUACACUAUGACAAACACAAUCAGUGGUUCCUUAUCGGGUCCAGACACGCUAACUUUGCAAUUUAUAAUUUGGCGCAAGAGCAUUACGAGUUGCCACUGUUGGUAAGAAAAUUGUGUCCUGGCGAUACAAUCACCUCCAUUAGUACAGUACAGAGUGGGGAUAAUAACUUGGUGGCUUUGCUUACAGUACGGGACGGUUUGUACUUGUACUUGAGAGUUAACGUCGUCGGAGAAAAAUUCGUUUUUGAUAUCAUUCUACAAAAUAAGGUUUCACGUGGUAUCAUUGAAGGAGGUUUUGUCUCUGAUAACAACUUAUUUUUGUAUGGAUUCCACUCUUUGGCUUUCUUUAUGUGGAAUGAAACAAAGCAAAUUGAGGUUGCUCAUCAGCCAUGUGGCGGUGCUCACAGAUUAUGGGAUUUGUUUUCCUCGGUUGAUUGCGAUUAUCGCUUUGUCUACGUGAGCAAGCUGGAUGUCGUUGUCAGAGAAAUACAGUGGAGAUUCAAGGAUUCAAAUAACGGACUCUUGAUCGAAGGAACUCAUGGAAGAGAGGUCCGUGGUAUAGCUUUGUCUCCAGUACAGGAACUAGACGGUUCUCGUCUCUUGGCUACAGCUUCCGAAGAUGCAACUAUAAAAUUGGGAAAUAUUUAUUCUGAUGGCAGUGUGAGGUACCAGUGGACAAUGACAAAUCACAUAUCUGGUUUACAAACUGUGAAGUUUUUAAACCAUGAAUACAUGGCGAGCUCAGCCGCAAAUGAAGAACUUUUGGUUUGGAGGUUGCAACGGCUCGCCAAUUCUGUGGUCACUAUUGUUGAGCACUCUAGGCUCAGUCUGACUGAGGAGAAUCCCGACUUGCGGGUUAUGGAUUUUUCUUCUAUCGAAGCGACAAAUGGUUUUUGGAUUGCUGCAGUGUAUUCGAACUCAAAAAUCAAAAUUUGGUUUUAUGACUCUAAUGAAAAGCAGUUUUCUCUAGCCGCAGAAGAUACUUACAGUACCUUUUGCAUAUUGGGUGUUGAAUUCAUACAAGAUGGAGAUUCCACGAUGUUGGUAAUUGCUACUACAGACGGAUACUUGACCUUCUACGAUGUUUCAAAUGUCUUGAACUUGGACACAGUUGAUAAAUUGCAGAAUGUAAUCAUCAAACAACAAUUGCAUCAGAGUGGAAUAAAGGCUUUCUUAGUUUUACCUCAGAAUGGGUAUUGGCGUAUCAUCACUGGGGGAGAUGAUAAUGCCUUGGUUUCCAGCCGUCUUUCCCAAGAUCUCAUACUUACAGUUGACUGUUUUGUUGAAAAAGCAGCAUCGGCUACUAUUACUGGAAUCGCGAAGGCUGGAGAAAAAGAAGUAUUGGUUACGUCUGUUGAUCAAAUCGUCAGACUAUGGAGCUAUGACGAGAGAAGCUUAGUCUGCAAAUCUGCCGCUUACACCACGGUGGCAGAUACCGGAUGUUGUGAUGCUACAAAGAUAAACGGUAAUAACUUAGCUGUUGUUGGCGGUGCUGGGAUUGGAAUCUGGACGUGGUAA